AUGCCAGAAGAUUAUGAAAAAUAUGCUGGAAGCUCCAGCGAAGCUCACCAAAGACACGUUUAUCCUACUCACUCAAGUAAAGAGAAAGACAUUUCCAAAGAAACUGAAUUCCUUCAGGAUUCUGAUAUUGUCAUUGGAGAUGAAAGUGAUGUUGGUAGUGUCAAAAGAGAUUUAAAAGCUAGACAAGUUUCUAUGAUUGCCAUUGGUGGUACUAUUGGUACUGGUUUAUUUGUUUCCACUGGUUCUUUACUUAGUACCACAGGUCCAAUUAUGGCAUUGAUUUCCUUUGUAUUUGUCACAACCCUUGCAUUUUCAGUCACACAAUCUUUGGGUGAAAUGGCUACUCACAUUCCAAUCUCAGGUUCAUUCGCACAAUAUGUAACCCGUUGGGUAUCUAAAAGUUGUGGUGCCAGUAAUGGCUGGUUAUAUUGGUUUUCUUGGGCAAUUACAUAUGCUUUAGAAUUAUCUGUCGUUGGUCAAGUCAUUCAAUUCUGGACUGAUGCUGUUCCAUUGGCUGCCUGGAUCACCAUUUUCUUUGUUAUCAUCUCUUUGUUUAACUUGUUCCCUGUCAAAUUCUACGGUGAAGUUGAAUUCUGGAUUGCUUCUAUCAAGGUUGUUGCCGUUUUGGGAUGGAUCAUUUAUGCGCUUAUUAUGGUUUGUGGCGCAGGUAAAACUGGUCCGGUUGGAUUCCGUUACUGGAGAAACGGUUAUGGAUGGGGUCCAGGUAUCCUUGUUCAAAACGAUGGUAAAUACAUGGCCGCUUUUGUCAGUGGUUUGAUUAACUCCGUUUUCACUUUCCAAGGUACUGAAUUAGUUGCCGUCACCGCCGGGGAAGCUUCUCCAAGAGCUCUUAGAAGCGCCAUCAAGAAGGUGUUGAUCAGAAUCUUGGUCUUCUACGUUUUAUGUAUUUUCUUCAUCGGUCUUCUUGUUCCAUAUAAUGAUCCAAAACUUACACAAGAUGGUGGUUUUACUAGAAAUUCUCCAUUCAUCAUUGCUAUUGAAAACUCAGGUACAAAAGUCUUACCACAUAUUUUCAAUGCUGUCAUUGUUACCACUAUUAUUUCUGCUGCAAAUUCAAAUGUCUAUUCAGGUUCUCGUAUUCUUUACGCCUUAGCCGAAUCAGGCGUUGCUCCUAAAAUCUUUGGUAGAACCAGUAAAUGGGGUGUUCCAUAUGUAGCUGUUAUCACAACCGCAUUAUUUGGGGCAUUAGGUUAUUUGGCCUGUUCUGAAGAUGGUAACAAGGCUUUUACUUGGCUUUUGAACAUUACCGCCACUGCAGGUUUAAUUGCUUGGGGUUUCAUUUCUGUCAGUCACAUUAGAUUCAUGCAAGUUCUUAAAAGCAGAGGUAUCAGCAGAGACAGUUUACCGUAUAAAGCGUUCCUCAUGCCAUUCAGUGCAUAUUAUUCUGUUAUUUUUGUUUUCAUCAUUGUGUUAGUUCAAGGCUAUGCCGUCUUUUUUGAUUUCAAUGCUAGUGAUUUCUUUACCUCUUAUAUUUCCGUUAUCUUGUUUGUCGUUGGUUGGAUUGGAUUCCAUUUCUACUUUUUCGGUUUUGGUAAAGAUUCAUUCAAAUGGAGUAAUAUUUUGGUUCCAUUAGAUGAAUGUGAUAUUGAUACCGGUGUUAGGGAUAUCAACGAUGCUGAAUUUGAUGUUCCACCCCCAAAGAAUCUUUGGGACAAGUUUUGGAAUGUUGUUGCCUAG